ACAACUGGACCCUUCUUCAACAUCAGUCUCAAUACCACAGCUCUUUCCUACUCCUCACUGGCCACCGCAUCUCAAUCCUUUAUCUUGGUCUCCUCCGACCCACUCGCUGUAAUGCCACAUCCCGCUUUUCUCUACAUUGAGUUCGUAUGCAACAUCUGGUUCCUCGUCGAGUUUCUCAUACGGUUAACUGUAACGGACAGUCUGAUAGGAUUUCUACGGUCUCCACUCAACCUCAUCGAAAUCGCCGCAGUAAUUAGUUUCUACGUGGAGGUUUUCGUAACCCUUGGCCUCGGCAAUCAACACACCUCACCACCACCCCUUAUAGCCAAGUGUGCUGUAGAACUGCUCAGUAUUGUGCGAGUGAUGCGAUUAUUCAAACUCACUCGAUACAUUUCGGGAUUGAAGAUCCUCAUCCUCACAUUUAAAGCCAGUGCAAAAGAACUGUCACUCUUGGUGUUCUUCCUCAUGGUCUUUAUUGUGCUUUUCGCCGCAUUAGUUUUUUAUGCCGAACGAUUAUCGCUGUCUCCAGCCAACGACUUUACUUCCAUCCCCAUCGGUCUGUGGUGGGCGAUUGUUACAAUGACCACAGUAGGAUAUGGUGACAUGGCACCAAAGUCGUACGCUGGUCCUGCAACUGUGAUCCAGAAGACUUAG